AUGCUUCGUGCUAAACACAUGGGCUUCAAGAGUGUGCGACGUGUGGAGGUAAAGGCCGAGACAACGACGCCCGGAGACCUCCGGACGACGACGGACGCCACUGGGACACGUGUAAGUGCCCCUAGAGGCCGUCGAACGCUGCCUAAGCUUGAGUUUACAGUCGAUGAAGAUGGAGCCGUUCUGCACGGCCCACAACGAGGCUCGUACCCAUUUUAUGCGACGUCCAGUACCAAUUUAAAUGCUGGAAACCCCGAGGCGCUGGACGUGCCUUUAUUCAACUCGGCACUAGAGAGGGACCUUGCUGCUAGUUUCCAGACGCUUCAUAUGCGUGAUUUUCCGGCUCUUGCUGGACAGGAGGAGCUACGGAGACGUAGACGAAGUUUGGAGGAGGAGACGGCAGAACAAGAGAAAGAUGAGACGAGAGAAAGUGACGACGUCCGAGCUGCUUCUUCACACAUGAAAGAAUGUGUGCUGAACGAUACACGAGCCACGACAUUGGCACUGAAGUAUGAUAACGCAGUGAGGAAGUUUGUGUGUGGCUCGUCCAUUGAACGGUUUUCUGGCCACACGGGAGUGUGUAGAGUACUAGGCAGUAAAAAGUAUCCGGUGAUCCCACAUAGUUUAAAACUAGGAGAUCUACUGAGGAUUGGAUCCGUGGGUCUUGUAGUGUGUGAAUUGAAUCGCACAACCAGUGAAGAGACAGAAGAGGCGCUGACGAAUGAACAGUAUGGGUUUCUAAAGGAGAAUUACCUCAGUUUGCCACUCCAGCAGACAUUCCACCCGACAGAAAGAUCUACGAACGUGGAGGACAGUGAAGAAUUGGACGACGAUAAGGACAAUGAGCGUACAAUGCAAAUUGGAGAAGACACUUCAGAUGAGGGUGAGUCGGAAGAGGACAAAGACAGAAAAGGAGGAAGAAGGUCGAACAGCGAUGGAGAAGACAACGCUAGUAUACGCCACAGCAAUUUGCCACUGGGUGUGGCUGGUACCGGAGCCAAACGGUUCUGCUACAUUUGCUAUGACGGAGAAGAAGACGCGGACAAUAAUCCGCUCGUAGCUCCCUGUCACUGUAAGGGUGACACGAAAUACGUACAUCUCAACUGCCUGCAACGCUGGAAUAAUAAUCUGGAUGCAGACGGGACGAACGCGAACCAGAAGGUGUGCGCCGUUACCAACACAGAUGGACUCGACGUGUGCAGUAUCUGCAAAGCUACGUACUUGACGAGUGUGCGCCUGGACGAUGGUCGCGUGGUGUCGCUGCUUGCCAAGAAGUUGCCCCCGCCCUAUGUCACAUUCGCUGUUGUCACUCAGCAUGAGACUCGGAACCGCUCGACCGCACUAACUAACACUCGAUUCCAGUUGAGCUUUGCAAACAUGCCACGCAACCAACAAUACCUUACGAUCGGUCGGUCGACCACCAACAACAUGACACUUCGUUACCGCACGGUAUCCCAGCUGCACGCCAAAAUGAAAUAUCAGGAUAAUCAUUUCUUCAUGUUUGAUGCUUCAAGCUCGAAUGGGACGAUGUUGUUUUUGAGCAAGCCAUUGGAGUUGGAUUGGAACAAGGCGAUGCAUGUGAAAAUUGGGCGAACUAUCCUUACGCUGAAGGCCAAGAAAAAAUGGAAAUGGGCUGGGACUGGGUCCGGUGAUGACGAGGAGGAUGAAGAAGGUGGACGCGCAUCUUUGCCGUGCAUAAAUGGAGUAAGCGGGACUCCACGAGAAUUUGAGAAUCGUCUUUCAAGCCCAAGUUCCGCAGCAAGGAUAGAUGGCUUUGACAUGAGUGGUCGCAGUACGAUUCAUGACCCAAGCGCCGAGUUAGUAGCUGCGCCGUAUUCAAGUUAUCUACCCAGGACCUACACGGCGCCGAAUGUCCUGAGUACGCGUUUGAACCGAAGUGUAAUUUCCAACGCCUUUAAUGCGCGACCAUCCCGGCAGCGGUCUCUUUCCAGCACCGUUCCGAUAAUAAGCGGACAAAAUGCGCUAGAUGCGUUCCGCGCCAACGAGCUGGAGUCUGAUGAGCUCAAUACUUUUGUGACGCAGGCUGCCCGAGAAUCGGUGGCGCUUCCUGCAACAUCGAUGAGUUCCCGUGAUUUUGCCACCGAGACUGCGUCACCCUCGUUGACAUCUCAGCUCGUUGAUGAAGGAAAUGUCGGUGCCAAUAAUCACCCGUCUAGACGGAUUGAUCAGGAAAUUCUUACUCAACGGCGCAUUAUGUACGAUAUUGUGGACUCGUUGGUCGAACGCGGAGCGAGUCCCAUUGUAGCGACAUUGAGUCCCGCUGUGGGUCUGACGGAUGAAGAGUAA